UGAAGGUUCAGCUUUAUUGUCUUUAUACAACACAGGACGGCUCAAUACAAUACAGCUGUAGCUCCUCCACACUGCACACACAGAACAGGUCUGAACAAAUACUCAGAAUAUUUUAAAUCUGCACUUCACUGCAGCUUCAUGACGCCAUCUAGUGGCCUGAUAGUAGAAGUCCAGCAGCUGAUGGCAGCUUCCUCUGCCUCACUGCUGUCUGACUGCAUGCAGCUGACACUGAUAUGAAACAGAAAGUAACAGCCAAUCACUGGAGGAGCAGCUGAUCUUCUUACAGGAGAAAUGAUGGAAAGGAGGAUUUCAGUUGAUGUGCAGAUGAAGGAUUUGUGUUUCCUCUCCAGAUCAAAGUGUGUGUGAGCUGAUGUGGAUGUGAGUUCAGCAGCAUGAAUCAGUGUGAGGACAGAGAGGAGGGAGCCCCUCCCUCUAAAACCAGUCUGUGUGGGGAACAUGGCAGCCAGACCAGAGCUCAGAGCCCAGAGCAGCAGAGACCAGACUCUGCUGGACCUGGACCUGAGCCCAGCUGUGUGUCCUUCAAGAGUGACCGCCUCAUUCGUUUGAUUGAGAUCUAUGGGAGACCAGCUUCUUAUGAACCUGGACCGGAGCCCAGCUGUGUGUCCUUCAAGAGUGACCAGUCAAAGGAUCACUUCAUUACUUUUAAAGGACGACAGCCCUCUGCUGCAAAGAGGAUCUAUGGGAGACCAGCUUCUUAUGAACCUGAACCUGGACCUGGACCUGGACCUGAGCCCAGCUGUGUGUCCUUCAAGAGUGACCAGUCAAAGGAUCACUUCAUUACUUUUAAAGGACGACAGCCCUCUGCUGCAAAGAGGAUCUAUGGGCGACCAGCCUCUUAUGGACCUAAACCUGGACUUGGACCUGGACCUGAACCUGAACCCAGCUGUGUGUCCUUCAAGAGUGACUGGUCAAAUCUUCACCUCAUUGAUUUUAAAGGACAACAACCCUCUGCUACAAAGAGAGUCGACCAGGAGAGCUCAGAGGUUCCCAGUGGUCAGUCUGCCCAGCAGCAUCAAACACACCUGGACUCCGUAUUUAUGCUGCUGGAGGAGAACAUUGCCACUUUUGUGAAGAACGAACUGAAGAAGAUGCAGAAGGUUCUGAGUUCAGAUUACCCAGAAUGCUUAGAGAGUCAGAGGGAGGAUGAGGAGGUGUUGGACGGUGAGGAGGAAGAGCAGAGGAGGAGCAGCAGAGAGGCAUUUCUGAAGAUCACACUACACUUCCUGAGGAGAAUGAAGCAGGAGGAGCUGGCUGACCGUCUGCAGAGCAGAAGUCAUUCUGGAGUUUGUCAGCGUAAACUUAAAUCUAACCUGAAGAAGAAGUUCCAGUGUGUGUUUGAGGGGAUCGCUAAAGCAGGAAACCGAAUCCUUCUGAACCAGAUCUACACAGAGCUCUACAUCACAGAGGGAGGGACUGCAGAGGUCAACGAUGAACAUGAGGUCAGACAGAUUGAAACAGCAUCCAGGAAACCAGACAGACCAGAAACAACAAUCAGACAAGAAGACAUCUUUAAACCCUCACCUGGAAGAGAUGAACCAAUCAGAACAGUGAUGACAAAGGGAGUGGCUGGCAUUGGGAAAACAGUCUUAACACAGAAGUUCACUCUGGACUGGGCUGAAGACAAAGCCAACCAGGACAUACACUUCACAUUUCCAUUCACUUUCAGAGAGCUGAAUGUGCUGAAAGAGGAAAAGUACAGCUUGGUGGAACUUGUUCAUCACUUCUUUACUGAAACCAAAGAAGCAGGAAUCUGCAGGUUUGAAGAGUUCCAGGUUUUGUUCAUCUUUGACGGUCUGGAUGAGUGUCGACUUCCUCUGGACUUCCACAAUACAAAAAUCCUGACUGAUGUUACAAAGUCCACCUCAGUGGAUGUGCUGCUGACAAACCUCAUCAGGGGGAACCUGCUUCCUUCUGCUCGCCUCUGGAUAACCACACGACCUGCAGCAGCCAAUCAGAUCCCUCCUGAGUGUGUUGACAUGGUGACAGAGGUCAGAGGGUUCACUGACCCACAGAAGGAGGAGUACUUCAGGAAGAGAUUCAGAGAUAAGAAGCAGGCCAGCAGAAUCAUCUCCCACAUCAAGACAUCACGAAGCCUCCACAUCAUGUGCCACAUCCCAGUCUUCUGCUGGAUCACUGCUACAGUUCUGGAGGAGGUGUUGAAGACCAGAGAGGGAGGAGAGCUUCCCAAGACCCUGACUGAGAUGUACAUCCACUUCCUGGUGGUUCAGUCCAAACUGAAGAACAUCAAGUAUGAUGGAGGAGCUGAGACAGAUCCACACUGGAGUCCAGAGAGCAGGAAGAUGAUUGAGUCUCUGGGAAAACUGGCUUUUGAGCAGCUGCAGAAAGGCAACCUGAUCUUCUACAAAUCAGACCUGACAGAGUGUGGCAUCGAUAUCAGAGCAGCCUCAGUGUACUCAGGAGUGUUCACACAGAUCUUUAGAGAGGAGAGAGGGCUGUACCAGGACAAGGUGUUCUGCUUCGUCCAUCUGAGCGUUCAAGAGUUUCUGGCUGCUCUUCAUGUCCAUCUCACCUUCAUCAAGUCUGGUGUCAAUCUGCUGUCAGAGGAACAAUCAAUCUACCAUGAAUCUGCAGUGACACAGUUCUAUCAGAGCGCUGUGGACCAGGCCUUAAAAAGUCCAAAUGGACACUUGGACUUGUUCCUCCGCUUCCUCCUGGGACUUUCACUGCAGACAAAUCAGACUCUCCUACGAGGCCUGCUGACACAGACAGGAUGUGGCUCAAAAACCAAUCAGGUAACAGUCGAGUACAUCAAGAAGAAGAUCGAAGAGACUCCCUCUGCAGAGAAAAGCAUCAAUCUGUUCCACUGUCUGAAUGAACUGAAUGAUCGUUCUCUAGUGGAUCAGAUCCAACAGUCCCUGAGUUCAGGAAGUCUCUCUACAGAUAAACUCUCUCCUGCUCAGUGGUCAGCUCUGGUCUUCAUCUUACUGUCAUCAGAAUUAGAUCUGGACGUGUUUGACCUGAAGAAAUACUCAGCAUCAGAGGAGGCUCUUCUGAGGCUGCUGCCAGUGGUCAAAGCCUCCAACAAAGCUCUACUGAGUGGCUGUAACCUCUCAGAGAGAAGCUGUGAAGCUCUGUCCUCGGUUCUCAGCUCCCAGUCCUCUAGUCUGAGAGAGCUGGACCUGAGUAACAACAACCUGCAGGAUUCAGGAGUGAAGCUGCUGUCUGCUGGAGUGGAGAGUCCAAAUUGUAAACUGGAAACUCUCAGGCUGUCAGGCUGUCUGAUCACAGAGGAAAGCUGUGCUUCUCUGGCCUCAGCUCUAAGCUCCAACCCCUCCCAUCUGAGAGAGCUGGACCUGAGCUACAAUCAUCCAGGAGACUCAGGCGUGAAGCUGCUGUCUGCUGGACUGGAGGGUCCACAAUGGAGACUGGACACUCUCAGGUUCCACCACAAACCUGCAGAGACAUGUGAGGACUGUCCAUCCUACAGUGCAGUUAGAGGACAGAGGGCAAGCUAGCACACCAUCUGCAGAUCCUGGUGUGGCUCAUCCCAAAAAACCAGCAGCUGCAGCAGCAUCUGCUGGCUUCCCCACACAUGCAGGUAUAAGCUCUGCUCCUUCAGAGAGAAUCUCCUCAGAAACAGGGCAGAUACUCACAGAGAGAAGAAACAGGAUCCGUCCAUCCGAGCUGAGGCAUCGGACUGUUUGAAUGCCAACCUUCACUGAGGACAUUAAUGCUGUUCGCUUGAGUUUGGUUCUAGUUCUGUUCUGUGGAUUUAUUUGCUGUUUUGUUGUUAAUUAGUGCAAUAAAAUGUUUGAUUCAAAUAUUAAACAAAAGAAUGGUUUUGUAACAGAAUAAAUGCACAAAAUUUGGCAGUUAUAAGGAUUCUCAUAAAAACACUGCACAUGAAAGGGUUUCCAACACACAAACCGUUCAUUUUGGCAAAGUUCUGGUAAAAUAAAGGCCUACAAAAAAUCCUAAACGAAGAGCCGUUCAGGAGCCGAAAGAGCCGGCUCUCUGAAAAGAGCCGAACUUCCCAUCACUGGCGUCUAAAGGGGAACAGGAAGUUGGCCCGCUGCAGGCAGCCGGGGGUGCGCGACCACAGAGUCAAAGGUUCCGCUUACUUUGUUCUUUUACUCACCGAUAUUAACACAGGGCGAUAUAUUAUAAAUGUACAAAUAAAGCUCUUAAUUACACAAAUUAAAAUAAAGAAUGGUCUUUUUACUCAAUAAUACCAAAUGUGGUCGCACAUAUUUGGGUGAACCACACAUGUCUGCGUGCUGAAAGAGGACGUGCUGGUCUGACCCCCUCCUCCUUUCAG